AUGGUGGGGGAUCGACGCCCAUAUACACCUCUGAAAAUUUUCUGGAGAAAGGGACAAGUACAGCGUGUUUUAGCUUUAAUUGAUACAGGAGCAGAAGUAACUUUGAUUCAUGGUAACACAGAUAAUUUUGAGGGCGAAUGUGUAACUGUUACAGGCUAUGGAGGUAGUGAAAUUCUGGCCAAAAUAGUGCAGUUGAGGCUUGCGAUUGGAAAUAGUACUUCCUUUAAAGCUCCUGUGUUGAUCAGUGCUGUAGAGGAAUAUGUUUUAGGGAUAGACAUUAUACGAGGACAGUACAGACUGCCAGGAGGCCAUAAAGAAAUUGGAGAAACGAUUCAGGAACUACUUAAAGUGGGUAUUAUACGGCCAGCCAUAAGCCCAUUUAACUCUCCAGUGUGGCCUGUAAAAAAAAAGGAUGGGAGUUGGCACAUGACAGUGGACUAUCAUGCACUAAAUGCAAAAGCCCCACCACUUACUGCUGCUGUUCCUGACAUUGUCACCAUCACAGAACAAAUAAUGGAAACAGCAGGGGAUUGGCAUGUUGUUAUAGAUUUGGCAAAUGCUUUUUUCUCCAUUCCAAUAGCAGCUGAGUCACAAGACCAGUUUGCUUUUACCUGGCAAGAUAGACAGUAUACUUUUCAGGUCCUACCUCAGGGUUAUCUCCAUAGGCCGACUCUAUGCCAUGGUUUAGUAGCUAGGGAUUUAGCUAACUGUAAAACACUGGAGAGAAUUACAUAUUUCCAUUGUGUAGAUGACAUCCUACUAGCUGGGGACAAUGAAGAGAAGCUAGCUGAGGUAUUAGAUGAACUUAUAAAGUACAUGCAUAGCAGAGGAUGGGCAAUAAAUGAUGAUAAAAUGCAGGGACCUGCACGAGAAGUAAACUUUUUAGGUGCAAUGUGGCUUGGGCCUGAAAGGAAAAUUCCACAAAAAGUGAUUGAAAGUAUUUUAAAAGUUCCUGUACCUGUAAAUAAGGGAGAGGCUCAGUCUUUUGUGGGACUGCUGGGGUAUUGGCGUAAUUUCAUUCCUCAUUUGGGAUUGAUACUUAGACCAAUACACGAUAUUGUGAAAAAGAAAGCCAUUUUUAAAUGGGGAGAAAGUCAGCAAAUUGCUUUUGAUAAGGCUAAAGAGGCUAUUCAAGAGUAUCAAGGUUUGGGGCCUGUGCAAGCAGGUGUUCCCUUUGAACUAGAGGCCAGUGAACAAGGAAAUGUUGCAACUUGGAGCUUGUGGCUGAAAAGACAGGGGAAACGAGUUCCUGUUGGCUUUUGGAGUAGACAAAUGACUGGUUCGCAGCAGCGGUACAGCCAGUUAGAAAAGCAGCUUUUAGCAGCUUACUGGGCCCUUCUACAUACACAACGAAUAACUAAAGAUGCUCAAGUAACUUUGAGAACUGGUUUACCCAUCCAGGUAUGGGUCAGAGAUGAUACACAGGGGGGUAGAACAGGAGCAGCUCAAAAUCAGACUUUGUGUAAAUGGAAGUGGUAUUUACAGCCUAGAGCUAAAUUAGAAGGGAAAGAACCUAGUGCAUUGCAUGGUGCUAUGGCUGGCACGGUUCAGUUUGAAGAUCCGGUUGAUCUUCCCCAGAUACCACCUCUUGAACCAUCACCCUUUUGUGAAGCUCCUGCAUUUUCUGACCUGUCUGUAGAACAAAAAGCCAAUUCAUGGUUUACAGAUGGGGCAGCUCAGUUACAUAAAGGAAUAAGAAAGUGGAAAGCAGUGGCUUACCAUCCAGUUUCUAACAAUCAACAUGUAGAAGAAGGGGAUGGAAAAUCUAGCCAGUGGGCUGAGUUGCGAGCUGUGGCUAAGGUGCUUGAAAGACAGACAGAAAGGCCUAUUGUAAUUUAUACUGACAGCUGGGCAGUUUUUCAAGACUUUGUUACGUGGGCACCAAAAUGGAGAGAAGAUAGGUGGCACAUACGUGGGAAGCCUGUUUGGGGUGGUGAAGAGCUGUGGGAGUCGCUAUGGGAAAAUGGACAAAGAGGAGGUGUUCUGAUUGGGCAUGUAAGUGCACAUAUAAAAAAAGGAAAAGAGAAACAGGAGUUUAAUAACAAGGCAGAUGCCAUUGCCUCAGAUAUUAGAGCAGUAAGUACAGAGGACAGAGAACUCAUGCAAGCAUUAGCGGCUUGGGGUCAUCAGACCUCAGGGCAUUUAGGUAUUAAAGCAUCAGUAGAAUGGUGUAGGAAUAGAAGUGCCCCUGUCACUGAAAAUCAAAUGAAACAAGCAAUUGAACAAUGCGAAACAUGUGCUAAAGUCAGACAAUGGCCAUUACAAAAAAUAUCAGGAGGGUCAUUACACCGAGGUGAGAAGGCAUGCGCAGUAUGGCAGAAUGACUAUGUAGGGCCAUUAAGAUCAGUACAGAACAAAAGAUAUCUUAUGACUGCGGUGGACACGUACACAGGCAUCAUGCAGGCGUACCCUGUACAAAGAGCCACACAAGCUAACACAAUUAAAUCACUUUCCUGUUUGGUGCAAGUGUAUGGUAUAUCUGAUGAAAUUCAGUCAGACAACGGUACACAUUUUACAGGUGCAGAAGUGGGCUAA